CGCUCGUGGCGAAAUAUAGACAGGCGUAACGUAUGUUUGGACGUGAAAGAAGAACAAACAAACACACUUUGGCAUAGUAUUAGUAGCUAUGUAAUCUGUAGGAAGUUCGGGUACUACAUUUGUAUUCGAUUUAACUUGUUUCGAUAAUAGUAUUAAAUUGUGUGCGCCAUUACAAUGGUUUUCUCGACAUUGAUAAAAUUAUUUCUUUUUUAUCACUUAUUACAUGGCUGCGAUGCCAAACUAUCUCCCAUAAUAAAAGAUCUCCACGAAAGCAAAGACCUCCAACUGGUCCUGAUAGACAUGCUCAACGGCCAGGCCCGUCGACACGAUGUCACGUGUGUCGUCGUUAUUUGUGAUACUGUGUACCUGAAUGUGUUUGAUGGAGCCAUGUUUAAGAGGAUAUUGUCUGUGCCUAUGGUUAUGAUUGUCGUGGAGGAGUACGAGGAUUUAUUGUCACCAAAUUUUGACACUUUAGAGUCCUUGCGGGAAGCGCGAAUGGACGGUUGCAAUAUUUAUAUAAUUCUCUUGGCAAAUGGACUCCAAGUUUCGAGGCUUUUACGAUUUGGAGACAGGUAUCGUAUCCUCGACACUAGAGCCAAGUACGUAAUGCUGCAUGACUACAGACUUUUCCACAGCGACCUUCAUUACAUUUGGAAGCGAAUUGUCAACGUCAUCUUCCUCCGCUACCAUCGGAAGAUCACCGGUGUCCUCAAGAGCAAAGCUUGGUUUGACCUCUCCACUGUACCCUUCCCCAACCCUAUCAAAACCGUAUUUGUGUCUCGUCGAGUUGAUAUUUGGAAGAAUGGCAGGUUUCAUUACAAUAGGACGCUUUUUGCGGACAAGACCAGCAAUUUGAAUGGAGAGGCCCUGAACGUGGUCUAUUUCGAUCACGCGCCGUCUGUUGUCAUCAUGAAGAUGAAUGACUCGAGUAAAGUCAGCGGCGUAGAAAUCGAAAUCCUCAAUACUCUCUCUCAGCAAAUGAACUUCAAACCCAAACUUUACCAGCCGAACAACAUCGAAGUCCACAAAUGGGGACAGAAGCUCGCCAAUGGCACAUUCUCAGGUCUUCUCGGAGAAAUGGUGAACGGGAAAGCCGACGUGGCCCUCGGUAACCUGCAGUACAACCCUUACCACCUGGAGCUGACAGAUCUGAGCAUACCUUACACCUCACAAUGUUGGACUUUCUUGACUCCAGAAGCGUUGACUGACAACUCAUGGAAGACCCUCAUUUUGCCUUUCAAAUUAUACAUGUGGAUAGCAGUGUUGUUGGUGCUACUAAUAACUGGAAUAAUAUUCUAUGGACUUGCGAAAUAUUACAUGAACCUUCAGGAGUUGAAGAAAGAGAAACCAUUUCUAGAAUCUAACAAAAAUAUAGAAAAGCAAGAAUACGUAUUUGAGCCGAGCGAAAAACCAGUCGGCCUGUAUUUGUUUGGCGAAAUAAUUAACAGCAUCCUGUAUACUUACGGAAUGUUGCUCGUCGUGUCACUGCCGAAGUUACCUACAGGGUGGUCCAUUAGACUCCUCACAGGAUGGUACUGGUUGUAUUGUAUACUUCUUGUAGUGUCUUAUAGAGCUAGCAUGACCGCCAUUUUAGCCAACCCAGCUCCAAGAGUCACUAUAGACACGAUAAAAGAAUUAGUUGACAGCAAAGUAACGUGCGGAGGUUGGGGAGUGGAAACUAAGAAAUUUUUCGAAAAAUCAACAGACGAAACCCAAAAAAUUGGCGACAGAUUCGAAUUAGUCGACGAGCCAUUCGAAGCGGCUAACAAAAUAGCUAAAGGAGUCUACGCUUAUUACGAUAAUAAAGAUUUUCUAAAAUAUUUGAGUGUCAAAAGGAAGAACUCUUUGAUAAAUGUUGACAAGGCUGUUAAUGCAACUAUUAACGAUACAGAUAUUGUUAGCACAGAUACAGAACGAAACUUGCACAUUAUGACCGAUUGUGUUGUCAACAUACCAAUUUCUAUAGGCUUCCAUAAAAACUCACCACUGAAGCCUCUAGCUGAUAUUUAUUUAGCCAGAAUAGUUGAAGUCGGAUUGGUAGAAAAAUGGCUGAAUGAUGCAAUGAAUCCUAUCCGAGUCCAGGAAACAAACGAAAAUGAAAUAAAGGCCUUAAUGAAUCUAAAGAAGCUUUAUGGAGCAUUCAUAGCAUUAGCUAUCGGCUAUAUAUUAAGUCUUAUUGGCCUCAUUGGAGAACUUAUACAUUGGCACUGUGUAGUAAAAAGAGAUCCACAAUUUGACAAAUAUGCUUUGGAUGUCUAUUACGCAAAAAAUAAAAAGCAAUAG